CUAUAAAUGUAUUGGUUAUGUUAUAAAGCCCCUAUAAAACUCUCGGCCCAUCGCAAUUGACUUUUGUUUUCGUUUGUUAGUUACAACGUUUGGUUGUACCUGCUCGUGGUAAAACAAAAUUCGCUUAAAGAUGAAGGUAGCCCUAGUAGUGGCAGCAUUCUGCAUAGCAGCUUGCUAUGCUGAACCAAGACCUGCAAUAAGUCAGGCAAGAACAACAACAACAACAACUGCCACAAAACCAGGACGUUUUUUGUCUCUGCCUGAUCCAGCGAAAUGCGCUAAACGACCAAAAGAAUUCUCAUACCGUGGUAAGAACAUGUUCUUGACCAGCCACGUUCCAUCAUUGGCCAACAGGAAGGUCGAUUGGUUGGACGGACGUAACUUGUGCCGUGAAUACUGCAUGGACUUGGUUGCCUUGGAAACACAAGAGAAAAACAAUCUAAUCUUCCGUGUUAUCCAACAAAACGAUGUACCAUACAUCUGGACAGCUGGACGUAUCUGCGAUUUCGCUGGUUGUGAAAAUCGUCCCGAUUUGGAACCAAAGAGCGUUUAUGGAUGGUUCUGGUCUGCAACUCGUGAGAAGAUCCAAGCUACAAACAGGAUUCCACAAGGAUGGGGAUACAACCCUUGGUCCCAGACUGGACACAAGAAGCGUCCACAACCAGACAAUGCUGAAUACGAUAUUAACCAAACCAAGGAACAAUGCUUGUCGGUGUUGAACAAUGUGUACAAUGAUGGUAUUGCAUGGCACGAUGUUGCUUGCUACCACGAGAAGCCAGUUAUCUGUGAGGAUAACGAAGAACUGCUGCGUUAUGUUGCUGCCACAAAUCCAGGAAUCCGUCUAUAAGAAUUUUGUCGUUAAUUUUUGGAUAGUGUGUGUGUUCUUAGUCUUAGAUUUUAUUACUUAAUAUUAUUUUUUUCGAAUUUUUAUUUUUUAUUUUUUUGUUUUUGUAAAAUCUUUUUUUAAUUCCUCCUCGAUACUUUUGUACUUUUUUUUUUCCACGAGAGGGUUUUUUAAACAAAUUUUUAAAAUUUAAUAUUUUAUAAAUUAUGUGUAGAAGAAUAUUUUUAGUAAAUAUUCUUAAGGCCCAAUUGUGCAAUUUUAAGGGAAUACGAACGAAUUUUGAUUAAACAUCAUUUAUAAAAGAGGAGGUAUGCAUCUUAUAUAGGUUUUCAAUUUCAUCUUUACCUACCUUAUACUGUUGUUUUUUUUUUC